CGGCGUCCCGCUGCCAUGUUGUUGUCUCUCGGAGUUUCCAGCUUCGGUCUCGUGUCGGCGGACUCACGGACUAGCAGGUGUCGCUUUACGGACCUCACCUGGACCACAACCGGGCUUCGGGCCGCCAACUAACGAACCGGAGCGCGAGCGGAGCCGCCGGGUGAAGAUGGUGGACCGGCUCGCGAACAGCGAGGCCAACUCCAAGCGCAUCGGCGUGGUGGAGGGCUGCUUCGGCGCCGCCGGCCAGCCGCUCGUCAUCCCCGGCCGCGUGCUGAUCGGCGAGGGCGUGCUCACCAAGCUGUGCCGCAAGAAGCCCAAAGCGCGGCAGUUCUUCCUCUUCAACGACAUCCUGGUGUACGGCAACAUCGUGAUCCAGAAGAAGAAGUACAACAAGCAGCACAUCAUCCCGCUGGAGGGCGUGACCAUCGACACGGUGCCGGACGAGGGCGACCUGCGCAACGGCUGGCUCAUCAAGACGCCCACCAAGUCCUUCGCCGUGUACGCCGCCACCGCCACGGAGAAGUCCGAGUGGAUGAACCACAUCGGGAAGUGCGUGGAGGACCUGCUGCAGAAGAGCGGCAAGGCGGCGCCGGGCGAGCACGCCGCGGUGUGGGUGCCCGACUCGGAGGCCACGGUGUGCAUGCGCUGCCAGAAGGUGAGGUUCACGCCCGUCAGCCGGCGCCACCACUGCAGGAAGUGCGGCUUCGUGGUGUGCGGGCCGUGCUCCGAGAAGAAGCACCUGCUGCCCAGCCAGUCGUCCAAGCCCGUGCGCGUCUGCGAGUCCUGCUUCCUGCAGCUGACGGCGGCGGGCGGCGGCGGGCCGGCGGCGCCGCGGCGCUCCUCGGACUCCUACGGCCGGACGGGGUCAAAGUUCCACAACCUGUCGGACGAUGACGACGAGGACGACAGCAGCGACUGAGACGACCGUCUCCUUCCUCCUCGCCCUCCUCUUCCUCCUCCCUGAUGGUCGAGUCACGGAGGAUUCAUUCACUAACUCUUCAAACCAAAAGGGAUCAAGAUCAAUAUUCUCCUCAACGCAGUGAUUGAAAUGUGGAAAUAACUGUCUGACGAGCUUUCUUCUGCUUCUUCUUCUCAUCCUCUCUUCCUCCUCAUCCUUCUUCUUCUCAUCUUCCUUCUUCUUCUCAUCCUCUCCUUCUCGUUCUUCUUCUCGACUCCAUUGGGCUGCGAUUCGUCACCACAGGACAUAACGGUGCUAAUGAGAAAACACCUCUUCCUCCUCACGGGGAUAUCUUGUUAUUUCUGCAGAGAAAAGCUUAAAGUUUGACCUUCUCGCUCCUUCAGGUGGUUUUCUUCGGUUUUGUAAAUUCGUCUGCAGCUAAAUGUUCAUUUUUAUUUUAUCAAAACAAAAAGUCGAUUAUAUGCUAAACGCAGAGCUCUUCUUCUUGCUUCAGACAAAUCAGCUGAAGCUUGUUUCAGGGGUUCCCCCCAAACUAACUCUACCGGUUGCCUUUGCUUCACGCUGUGUGUGUGUGUGUGUGUGUGUGUGUGUGUGUGUGUGUGUGUGUGUGUGUGUGUGUGUGUGUGUGUGUGUGUGUGUGUGUGUGUGUGUGUGUGUGUGUGUGUGUGUGUGUGUGUGUGUGUGUGUGUGUGUGUGUGUCAGGAGGGCUGUGAGCUACUUGAGCUUCAUUCCUUUGUUCCGCCCAAAUCUUUGAAAUUAAUAAGGAAAUUAUUAUUUUUUUCAUUUCUUUCUUGAUAUAUUUUCACGUCAAACAUUUUCUUUUUUCGAACAGAAAUGUGCUGAUAAGUUUCCUGGAACAUAUAUUCAGCAUCAAAAUCCCUAAAAGAUUCUCUAAAUAAAUGUUAGUUUAACUAACGGGUUGGUUCAUUUUUUUGCACAGCUUUAAAAUCUCGUGUUUAUCGUCAUUAAAAUUACUUCCGCAUGAAAUUAAAUAUUAUAAAACUUAUAAUUGACUUUAGAAAACGACAACCUAAACUUUGGCCCAGGCAGCCAAUCAAAUCGAGCGGGAGGCGGGCUUUUACUCCUGUUGAGAAGCUCGGGUUUCUUUUUUUUUUUGCAGCGCUUUAAACUCGUGUUUAUUUGUCAUUAAUUCAGAAUUAAAUUAAAUAUUAUAAAACGUCUAAUUGACUGAAUAAAACGUGUAGCCUGCUAAACGGUUUUUAAAAAGUGUAACUGUAUCAGCUGGUGGUGUCUCGCCGCUCGUCAACGUCAAGCUUUGGCCACGUCAGCCAAUCAGAUCGAGCGGGAGGCGGGCCUUACCGCUGACUUCCUGUUUCCGGGAGGAACGCUCGAUGUUCGCGGGUUUUCUUUUUUUUUAUUCGCGCUGAAUGAUUUUAUUUUUCUCUUUCAACCAGCGGUCAACAUUGUUUUCCUCUUACAUUUAAUAAUAUUGUAGAAUAUAACGCAUUUAAUACUUACUUUGAUGCUCCACAUCCCGUUAUAUUAUAUAUUAUAUAUCUCUAUAUUCUAGAGAAGGCGUUUCCCUCCAGAGCGCCGAUGAAAACUAUGUCACACGGAGAAUAUUUAGUUCAUUUUAGGGUAAAAUGACCUUUUUUUAAUGUCGUUUGUUUUGUUUAACGUUUUUAAAACGUAUCCGUUUCCAUUCCAGGCUUCUUUCGUUCCUGAUAAUUAAUAUCUGGUGCUUUGUUUCUAGAGGAGAAUAAGUGAGUUAAUAAUGAUAACAAAUAAACUAAGACUAGAAUAAGAGCAACUGGUGGAGAUCUUGGUUUGUCCAUUUUUUCCGAGGUGCAAGCGAACGCCUCGUCUGAACUCUGAAGAAAGAGGGAAUUGUUUUAAUUAAUUAAAAAAGAUUCUUUAGUUUUACAGAUUUAAUAAUGUUGAUGAAAGCAAAACAUGAUCACAGCUGUUCUUCAUACUCUGGGUGAUGGUGAUGUGGGAGGGGCCUCAGGGCUCAGCUCUGGAUUAAUGUGAGCACAUGACUUUUGAUCUGAUCCAUGACGACUUUCAAAAUAAAGCUUCAUCUUUUAAUCCUU